AACAGAGAACGAAAGGGGGUAGCCCCUGGAGCCAACCAAGGACGGGGGGCGAGGCCAAUGCGUAGCUCUGGAGCGACAGCGCCUUUUAAAAGCCGGGUGCCUUUUGCGGUGUUUAGCAAAAGAAUCUCUCUCACCCACAGCCUCCCCCCGCUCCUUGCUCAGCGGUGACUGCGUCCACGAGUUACACGCGCACGCACGCGCGCACGCGCGGACACACGAGGACGCGCAACGCGCGCACGUCGAUACGCGCGCGUUGUUGGUCACUCCGUACAAAGGCAGAGUCGACUUGUGUGUAACGCAGUGUGUUUGGUUUUUUUGUUCGUUUUGCUAAUUCGUUUACUUCGUUUUCGAAUUCAUUCGGGUGGCGCUUUUGACGUCGGGCGUCUCGCACUCGCAUCACGGCAACAGCGGUUGGAUUUUCUCUAUCAGCAGUCCUACCUAACCCACCUAACCUACCCACCGAGCAUCACGGGCCGUGUGGUUCCAAGGUUUUUUGUUGUUGAAAGUUACACACAAGCAGGCAAUUGCAGGGCUGCGCCUGUACCUCUUCUUACACGUGAACAAGGUCCCCCCCCCACCUACCCCUCCGCUGAUGACGAUGGCGACGAUGGGCUCAGCAGCUGUGCACCUCCUCCCGCUGCUGCUCCUGCCGCUGCUCCUGCUGCUGCCCAUUGUGAUGUGCAGCGCGCACCGUCAAGUGGGACUCCGGUUCCUGAUCGACGACCGCGAGAACAAGUGCAGCGCUCCGUGCGUGGGCGCGCUGCCCAAGCCGCUGUGCGCCUCCAACGGGCGCACGUACGAGUCGCGCUGCGAGUUCCAGAGGGCCAAGUGCAAGGAGCCGCAGCUGGAGGUGACGAGGAGGGGACGCUGCCCCGAAAUGUCCAGUUGCCAGCAAGAUCGUGCCAGGGCGCAGGAACGGCAAGACAAGAACAGUUUCAUCCCGGAAUGCAAGGAAGACGGAACAUACGCAGAGGUUCAGUGUCACAGCUCGACGGGCUACUGCUGGUGCGUCACGUCCGAGGGGAGGCCCAUUAGUGGCACCUCUGUGCGCAACACCCUCCCGAAGUGCACAGGUAUCGAGAGGAAUCGGGGCUCUCAGGCUCGAUCAACCGCUAUUGAAAAACCUGGCAAAGAAGAUUCUUUUCGCUUCUUUGUCCUUCUCCACCCAGAAGACGGAUCAAGGCCGACACCGACCUCCGAGUCCCAGCUACCCUUAGAGGAAGAAGAGACCAUAAGCGGUCCCACCAUUUGGCGUAAUCAUCUCCAGAGAGGCCGGGAAAUGAAGCCGAACGGCACAGCGCACAGGAGUCCAGACAAGAACCCGUCAUGUGAUCAGGAGAGGCAGAUCGCCACGGAGGAGGUGCGCAAGAACCCGCGGGAGGGCAUUUUCGUGCCCGAGUGUGCGGCCGGCGGAGUCUACAGGCCCGUGCAGUGCCACCAGUCGACGGGCUACUGCUGGUGCGUGUACGUGGACACGGGGAGGCCCAUACCCGGAACGUCCGCACGCUACAAGCUGCCCGAGUGCGAUGGGAACGCGAGGGCGCGCAGCAAGCUCGAAGACCCCUUCCGAGAUCGAGAGCUCGAAGGGUGCCCAGGAGUAAAGAAGAAUGAGUUCGUGACAAGUCUCUUGGAUGCUCUCACCACGGACAUGGUUAAUGCCAUUAACUCGAAAACAGCGGGCAGGUUCUCGGAGCCCAACCCGAGCCACACGCUGGAGGAGCGCGUGGUGCACUGGUACUUCGGCACGCUGGACCUGGACGAGGACGAGCGCGUGGACCGUCGCGAGAACAAGCCGCUCAAGCGUCUGGCCAAGCGCAAGGGCAAGCCGCGGCGGUGUUCGCGCAAGCUGGUGGAGCACUGUGACCUCAACAGCGACAAGGUCAUCUCGCUCGCCGAGAUGAAGGGCUGUCUGGGCGUUCGCAGGGACGAAGGCUAUUCAAGCCAUGCGCGCUUGGCUGACAGAAGAUUUGGUUCAAAUUCUUUCUUGAGCAUGGCAUGAACAUCUACGAAGAAAAAUUGAGUUAUAACAUCACUAUGAAAACAAAACAAACAAAAAAAACGUCUUCUCUUUGUCAUGAUAAAUGUACAACUUCCAAAGAAAUUAUUUGCACUUUUGUAAUGCGUAGUUUUGGUUCCUAAAACCCUUGCCAGACCCCUAAGAAUGUCCCUGUUAUGCUGCCAAAUCUAGUUUUCUAAGUUAAAUUCAGCCAACAGUGUAGACUACUGCAGCCUACCGUACUGCCAUACGUCUGUGAUACGUUCUGUUUUCCGUCAUUAUUUUUGGUAUUGUUUUUUUUUGUAGUUUUUGUAUCGUAUCUUUAUUGCCGGUUUUUUUAUUAUUUUACAUUCACAUACAAUGUAUGUGAUGGCCUUGAAACUUUUCUUCUGAGUUCUGUUCUUUUUGGAGUGUAUACACUAGUUGUUUUUCACAAGUUGUGUUUGUGUUUGAAGGAUCUAAGCUGUGUAAAUCUUCUUGGUUCAUAAAGGGGCUUUUUUAUCAAUUAACAUAAAAACAAAUAAAAACAUGAAAACCUA